AUGCGCGUUCCCCGUCUUCUCCACCGUGUCGCUGUCGCGCUUCCGAGCCCGCAACCCAUCCCCGAGCUCUCACGCCGACAGCUCUCCAGCUCGCGCACGCUCCUGCGCCAUGGAAAGCCGGCCGACGACGACAUCGUCGAGCUGGCCUUCUCACGCCACGACCCGCCCGAGAAGACCAGCAUGAAAGGACCGGGCCCCAUCAUCAUCAUGCACGGUCUCUUCGGGUCGCAGCGCAACAACCGCACCAUGAGUAAAGCCUUAGCCAAAGACCUCUCCCGCCCGGUGUACAACCUCGACCUGCGCAACCACGGCGCGAGCCCGCACUCGCCCACACACACCUACGCAGCCAUGGCGCGCGACGUGGAACACUUCCUGGCGAGGCACCAGAUCCGCGACCCGACGCUGAUCGGCCACUCGAUGGGCGCCAAAGUGGCCAUGACGCUGGCCCUGCGCCAACCGACGCACUACUCGGCGCUCGUGCCCGUGGACAACGCGCCCGUCGACGCCGCGCUCGCGGGCGACUUUGCCAAAUACGUGCAGGCGAUGCGCGAGAUCGAAGAGCACAGACCGCCGCUCAAGAGCCAGAAGGACGCGGACCGCGUCCUCGCCAAAUACGAGCCCGACCUGGCCAUUCGCCAGUUUCUGCUCACCAAUUUGGUCAAGACCAACGAUACACAUACGAGUACUGCCGCGCACGAGCACCACCGAUCUCACGGCGGCACUUCUUCACCCGGCAGUCACGAGACGCAGCCGCACCCGCAGCCGAAGCCGCAACUGAAGUUCCGCAUCCCCGUCGCCACGCUGGCCAAGAAUCUGGCCAACAUGGCGGAUUUCCCGUUCAAGGAUCCCCAAGCGAAUCAGUACAAGGGACCGACGUUGGUGGUCAGGGGCACCAAGAGCCACUACGUCGCGGACGAGACCUUGCCCGUCAUUGGCGCGUUUUUCCCGCGCUUCGAACUGCUCGAUGUCGACUGUGGGCACUGGGUCAUGAGUGAGCGGUUCGACGAGUUUCGCAGGGGCGUCGCCGAGUUUAUGACCAGGGUCGUCGAUGAGCAGUAA